AUGUUAUUGUUUACCAGAUCAAGUCCAGGUGCCUCCUGCGGCCCUGCUGCAGUACCCACGCCAACAUCAACAGGAUCCACAUCAGCCUUUGCUGGCAUGAUACCAGCAGACGUCUCGAUUCCCUCCAUGCCCCCCUUGGUCUCGAUCAUCCCUUCUCCACCAUCCAUAGUUGUCUCUCCACCAUCAUUAAGGCUUUGCCGAUCUAUCCCUGCUGCCCUCUCCGUUGAGACUGUUGCUGCCUCUGUCCCUGCAGCUGCCCUUGUCCUUGGUGCUGAUGGUCUUGACGUUGUUGCUGUCUCUGACCUUCCUGGAACACGUGUCCUCUCUGCUGCCAACUCCCUGAUUCCUGCUUAUUCCCUUGCCGCUGCCCACUCACUUGCUGCUGCCCAUUCCCUUGCCGCUGCCCACUCACUUGCUGCUGCCCAUUCCCUUGCCGCUGCCCACUCACUUGCUGCUGCCCAUUCCCUUGCCGCUGCCCAUUCACUUGCUGCUGCCCAUUCACUUGCUGCUGCCCAUUCCCUUGCUGCUGCCCAUUCACUUGCUGCUGCCAUUCCCUUGCUGCUGCCCAUUCACUUGCUGCUGCCCAUUCCCUUGCUGCUGCCCAUUCCCUUGCCACUGCCCAUAACCUUGCUGCUGCCCAUUCCCUUGCUGCUGCCCAUUCCCUUGCUGCUGCCCGUUCCCUUGCUGCUGCCCGUUCCCUUGCUGCUGCCCAUUCCUGCCCAUUCCCUUGAUGCUGCCCAUUCCCUUGCCGCUGCCCAUUUCCUUGCCGCUGCCCGUUCCCUUGCUGCUGCCCAUUCACUUGCUGCUGCCCAUUCCCUUGCCGCUGCCCAUUCCCGUGCUGCUGCCCAUUCCCUCGCUGCUGCCUGUUCCCUUGCUGCUGCCCAUUCCCUUGCUGCUACCCAUUCCCUUGCUGCUCAACGUUGUGUUGCUGCUGCCCGUUCCUUUGCUGCUGAGCGUUCAUUCGCUGCUGCCCGUUCCCUUGCUGCUGCCCGUUCCCUUGCUGCUGCACGUUCCCUUGCUGUAGCCCCUCCCCUUGCUGCCAUCUCUUACCUCGCUGCAGCCCCUCCCCUUGCCAUGCAUCACCUCGCUCCUGCCACUCCCCUUGCUGCCAUACAUCACCUCGCUGUAGCCCCUCCCCUUGCUUUUCCCUCUGUCCUUCUUGCAGCCCGUGCCCCAGCUGCUGCACAUUCCCUUGUCCUUGCUGCGGUUGUUGUCCUUGCUCCAGCACUCCCUGCCUUUCGUGCUCAUGUUGUUGCUGUGGCAAUUGCACUUGCCUUUGCCCCCCAUGGCACGCCCCCCCUAGCCUAUUUUUUGUUGCAUGCACAUGGCACAGCAUAG